UACACUACAGGAAAAUUUAGAAGGGCUCUUUUUUUAUUACAUCCUUUUUAUACAUAUAGUGUAUAGGUUUAGUUAGCACGGCAAUGUCGAGCCAUAAUCUUAAGAAUCUUUACAAGCGAAAGCGGCAGGUCAAGUUCCAAAUGGGAGACGGUUUGGAGGGCAAGUUAGGUUGUCCUCAAGAAACGCAUCGAACCCAGAGACAUCCGCAUGUCCAAAUUGGCGACGGACCGAUGGGUGAAAAGAACAGCCUUCAUAAAAUCCAUGCUUCUCUUACUCCUUUGCCUUUGAAUGAGGACGAAAGUAAGAACGAAACCGAGAUUGAGAUACAGGAUUACCGGCAACUGCAGAGGGUCUUCCAGAAGCUGGACAUGGCCGACCAGAUCGUUCUCUACCGUUCUUACCGAUUACUUCCUGCUGCCUGCAGCGCCCUCUGGCGGACGACACGCAAACGCCUGGACUUUCGCACCCUCUACAAGGAACUCGGAGUGGAGGCCCAGAGCCACCUGCUUAUCCACAUGAUGGGUCAUUUCAAGUACGUGUAUUUCGUCGCUAAUAAACUGCAGGAAAACCUCAAUACACUGGAGCGCGCGGGAGUCAAGUCGCUGAAUUCCGUGCAACGCUGCGAACUGCUGCUGAUGGAUGAGAAGUCGGGCGUAUCGGAGGUCAGAUGUAUUGAUCACUCAGGCGGUGGGGAUUCCUCUGGAGGAAAGGGAAUUGCCCAGUGGCCCCUGCACGCACUGCCCAAGCUGAUGCGAAAUGUGCGCCGCUUGAAGGUCCACUGCGACAUCCAGGUGCACUUCGUCGAGCAUUUCCAGCAUCUGGAACUUCUUGUGCUCUACGGCGACAUCUCGCAAACGGCUCUCACCGGAAUUUUGGAGCGGUGUCGGAAAUUGGCCAGAUUGUUCCUUCGAUUCGAUUGCGACACCUUGAGCCUGAAGACCAUCGACAAGUGCAGCUCGCUGAGGGAUUUAUCCCUGCCCACUGGACUGUUUGCCCGUCAAAAGGAGCUGGUAAUGAAACUAACCGAUCUUCGCCUGCUGGAAUUGACACACAGCCAAAAGGACAGUCGCCUAACACUGGAGUCCUUGAAAUGUGUGCUAAGCCAGCGACCAGAGUGUGUGGACCUCAUCCAAAUGGAUUGCAACGGCUUCAGGGACCCCGAAUGGAUGAAACAGGUGGGUCUGGAUCGAUGCUGUCGGAUGCGGGGAUUGGUCUUGGCCAACUGUGAUUUUUGCGAUCGCGAGAUCAGCCAGCUGUCCUUUCCAAAAGUUAAGAAAUACAUCGCCCUGAGCAAAUGUCACGACAUCAAGGAGUACCAGAUUCUAGACAUGGUUCGACAGUGUCCCGGUCUCAAUGAGCUCUAUCUGAUCGACUGCCCCCACUUGAGCUGGAAGCUCCUGCAGGGCAUCUACCGAAUCCGCAAAAGCGAAAAUCUUAGCUACCCCAUUACAGUUAUUCUCGGGGAGUGCACGGAACUCAGGGAGGUUUAUCAGACCAUGUACUCUAACUACUGGUGCUUUAAGUUACCCUACCUCAAGAUUGAACGCAUCCAAAAGCAAAGUCGACCCGUAGAGGAUAUCCAGGUUUUUUUUAACAACAGCCAGUUGGAUAUCACAUUGUAGAUAACCAGAAGUGUUUUAAAAAUGUACCAAAAAUGUAUUGAUUGUCUUACGACAAAAAAGAAAUUCA